UAUUUUGCCCAUUGCCUAUCACAACGCGCAGAAUGAGCUAGUGGGAACAGAAACACUAUGGCUGCUUCUCUCUCCCUGACUCAGCUUUCAAGUGGGAAUCCUGUUUAUGAGAAAUACUAUCGGCAGGUAGAUCCAUCUGGCAGUGGCCGUGUAGCAGCUGGUGAUGCAGCUUUAUUUUUAAAGAGAUCUGGCCUUGCAGAUGUAGUCCUUGGCAAGAUAUGGGAUUUGGCAGAUUCAGAGUGCAAAGGCUCACUGAACAAGCAGCAAUUUUUUGUUGCUCUCCAUUUGGUGGCGUGUGCUCAGAAUGGAGUUGAUGUGUCUCUUAAAAGCCUAAAUGCAGCUGUCCCUCCCCCAAAAUUUCAUGACACUAGCAGUCCUCUUCAGUGUGGCCCCGUGCCAACUGACAACUCAUGGGUAGUCAAGCCAGAGGAAAAGUUGAAAUUCGACACCAUCUUCAACAGCCUCUCUCCAGUUGGUGGCAUGCUUUCAGGCGAUAAGGUCAAACCAGUGCUCCUCAAUUCUAAACUCCCAGUGGACGUUCUUGGCAGGGUUUGGGAGCUCAGUGACAUCGACAGAGAUGGAAUGCUGGACAAAGAUGAGUUUGCUGUUGCCAUGUAUUUGGUAUACCGAGCCCUGGAGUCUGAGCCAGUUCCCAUGUCUUUGCCUGCCGGUCUGAUUCCACCUUCAAAAAGGAAAAAAGUGUCCUCGCCCCCUUUGGUGCCCCUCCUACCAGCACCUGCACAGCAUAAAGAGAGAAGUUCCGUCCACUCUGGAUCUAAAACACUGCCAGCUAAACCUACCCUACCACAGUGGGUGGUAUCUCCUGUGGAUAAAGCCAAAUAUGAUGUGUUAUUCACUAAGACAGACAUUGACAUGGAUGGCUUAGUAUCAGGUGUUGAAGUCCGAGAUAUAUUUCUCAAGACGGGUUUGCCAUCUGCCACCCUGGCACGCAUUUGGGAGCUUUGUGAUAUAGGUGACAUCGGGAAGCUGAACAGAGAGCAGUUUGCAUUGGCUCUAUACCUAAUCAAUCAGAAGCUGUCAUUGGGAAUAGACCCGCCCCAGACUCUCUCUCCAGAAAUGAUCCCUCCGUUUGAUAGGCUAGCACAACAGAACAAUGCCUUGUCAGUUCAGAAGGCAGAUUUCUCUGCUAUUAAAGAGUUGGACUCGCUCAGUAAUGAUAUCAUGGACAUACAGAGGGAGAAGGGUGCAGUGGAACAGGAAAUCAAAGAGAGGGAGGAAACCAUCCGACAGAGGAAUAGCGAAGUCCAGGACCUGCAGGAGGAGGUGCAGAAGGGGUCGGAGGAGCUGGGCCGUAUGCAGGCAGAGCGACAGGAGGUACAAGAGAAGCUGGAGAGGCUGGAUGAGCAGAAACGCUCUCUAGAGGAGCAGCUCGGACUACUACAGCAACAGUGCAGCCAGGAGAGCCAAAUGAUCCAGUCAUUACAGGCAGAGCACUCAGAGCAGGAGCAGAGAAUCUGUGACUACGAGGAGGAGCUAUGCAGGGCCCGGGAAGAGUUGCUCCAUCUGCAGGACAAGACACGCCGGCUAGGAGAGAAAGUCCAAUCUGCCCGUGAUCAACUCUGCCCCCUAGAGGAUGCUGUAAAAGAAUCUCACACACAGAUUGCUCAGGAACAGGAGCGAUUGGCAGAACUCAAAACAGAGGAGAGAGAAGUGAUGGCACGGCUCACCUGGAAGGUUCUAGAGGAGCCAGUGCUCGUCAAUGGAACAGUGCCCUCUGAGCACCCAGAGAAACUGCAGUGGCUUCAACCUACACCACAGCCAGCAGAGAAACCUAAAGAGGACAAAUGGCAGAUUGAGGAGGAACAGACGUCCGUGGACGAGCCGCAGGAGCUCAGAGUCACCGAGGAGCAGCCCACAUCAGAAGCGGAAGAGACUUCCACCAGCACAGAGGAGAAGGAGCCUAAAGCUGAUCUUUUUUCCAUCGACCUUUUCACAAGUGCAGUCUCCACUGUCAACUCUACUGCUAUGGCCUGGCCACAUGGCAACAUGGAAAGUGCAACAAGCCCAGUAACCACCGAGCCAGAUGUAGAAGAAGAAGAGGAAAGAGCAGAGGAGCAGACUGCCACCAGCAAACUAAAGGCAGAGUCUAUGGAGCCAGAAAAGAAGGAAUCUGCCCUGUCAGCUAUAGUCCCGCCCACCAACCUGCCAGCUGGUCCAAGCGUUGACUUUUUCCAGUCUGACCCCUUCACUGAGAGUUACCCAUUCACUGAUGACCCUUUCUCAAAAGUUGACAUUUCUGAUCCUUUCGGUGGGGACCCCUUCAAAGGCACCAAUCCAUUUGCAACAGACAACUUCUUUAAACUGUCUUCAGUUGAUUUCCCUUCAGGAGACCCUUUCAGCUCCUCUGACCCAUUUAGCACCACCACAGACCCCAAAGACCCUGAUCCAUUCACAUCCAGGACCAACAAUGCAGUUGCACCAGACCCAUUUUCUUCUAGCAGUGGUAGCAUCCAAGACACGGAUCCAUUUGGAUCCAAAAUGGAUGCCCUGGCAGACUCUGAUCCCUUCAGCUCAGCUGGCACAGGGCACGAUCCAUUUGGAGGGUCAGAGAUUCCUGCAAGAGAUAGGCCAGUAGCAGCCAAUGAUCCUUUUGCACAAAGAGGAAAUUCAGUGAUCGCUAACUCAGACCCGGAUCCAUUUGCCGCAGUAUUUGGCCACGAGACUUUUGUUGGAGGUUUUGCAGACUUCAGCAGCUUAGCAAAGUCUAAUGGCACUGACCCAUUCGACUCGAGUACAAACCCGAAUUUAUUUAAGGGGGACACUGGGUCAGAUGUGCCCCCAGCAUUACCACCCAAAACCGGAACACCCACCAGACCACCCCCUCCACCUCCAGGUAAGGGGUCCAACAUCCACAGAUCGGAGUCGUCUGAGUCAUUUCAGAGGGGCGGUGUGUUGAAGGCCCAGGGCUCUGGAGAAUUCUCUUCCCUUCCCGCUAAAGACUCGGUACAAGACCCCUUUGCCCCUUCCUCGCCCCUCCAAGCCCCACGUGACCCCACCCGAUUCGCCAGCUUUGACAAAAACCCCACAGAGGAGGACAUGAUAGAAUGGGCAAAGCGGGAGAGUGAGAGAGAGGAGAGGGACCGUGUGGCUCGUUUGACCCAGCAAGAGCAGGAGGAUCUGGAGCUGGCGAUUGCCCUCAGCAAGUCUGAGCUGUCCUGACACUAACUGGACACAGCACCACCGCUGCCACCACCACCACCCGAAUCGCACUAACAGAAAAGGGGAGGGAAGGAGGCAUCGCUUUAACCAUCUUUAUAAGCAGAAUCCUUGGUUCCAUCUUCGUCUCCAGCCACUUGGUAAUCAUUUAGGAUUCCAGCUCCAUUUGUCCACUGACUUCUCCUGGAACUGAUUGGAUAGUGCAUGAAGGUCAAAUGAAGAUGGAGGAAAAGUUAACCGACACAAUGCUGCCUUGAUGGCUUGAAAUCUAGAGACCUCCAGGAAUCUCCUGCUUCAAUUAGGAUUGAUGUGACCCAUCAAUAGCGCAUGAAAAGAAAAAAAAUGACUUGUGUUUUUGAACAAGUCUAUCCCCCUACUUCUAUUUUAGAACUAAUUGCAAUGUGGUUCGUUUAUCUGUGAAGUGGAGUUAUGGUUGAAGAAAUCCAUAACUAACACUCAGUCCCAUCCUUUUUUGAGGUAAUAAUAACUUUCUGGGCAGCUUCAUUCACUUUUCAAAGUUUCAGAGAGAAUUCUCUGACACAAGAGGUUUAUUGUGGGCAUGUCGAUCCAGUCUCAGGAACAUAUCCCACAAGCCUUAAAACCUGCAGCCUGUUCAGUGGAAUUUCAGCUUAGGUGCUUGCUUCUUAAUUCCAUUGAUACAAUAUCAUCUUACAGAAACGGAUACUGGUAUUUCAUUUUUACCCUACUAAAUGUUCAGAACAACACAACCGCCGUUUUACUCCAUGCUUAAUCUUUAUAAUCGUACAGUACAGUAUUUAUACUUUAUCUAGACCUUUUGAAGAAUGUCAAAAUUCCUGACAAACUACUAAGAGUCACUAUUUGACACAUUACCAAUUUACGAAGAGCUGUUAUUAACAAUGAAAAUGUACAUAUUUGUGAAUUGUUUGCCAGUUAUCUUGUGCUACAGUGCAUUCAUAUCUUAAAUAAUAUUCUAUUUGAUCAACAAAAAAAUAAAGUUUUUGUAAAAUGCUAAAUAAUAGCAGUUUGCUUUACACUUGUAACAGAGACUAAAUGCUCCCUUCAUCUUCCUCCUAUUGUCAAGUGCCCAAGCAAUAAGAUGAGAUGAUUUAAAAUCCUGGAACAUAAAUGGAGCAGAUCUUGUAUCCUGCAUUAUAUUUACAGAAAGCUUUGAGUAAAUUUGAGUAUAUCAUUUUUAACCCUUUUUAAUAAGGUUGCAAUCUAUUUUCUAGUGUCUACUGUAAGUCCAAUAUGAUCAAUCAAUCUGGUGUUGCUUUUUGCUUCAUAGCAUUACUCUUCACAGAAGCACCCUGAAUGCUCACUUUGCUAGAUGUUUUCUAUGUCAAUUAGGAUAUAAAACCCACUAGAUUGUGCCGCUUGCCUUUUAUUCAUCCUUGUCACUACCACAUUUUGAAAGACAUUUUAAAACAAUGUCCUGGGGAUUAAUAAUGCCCACGCGUCACAGUUUUAUAUGUGUGUGGGUUUUUAAGUUAAAUUGGUUUAAGCUUUGAAGCUUUUUAAGCUUUGUAAUUUGUAACAUGUCUUAACCAUUUCAAUUGUCUGUAUGUAGUUUCACCAGUAGGUGGAUCUACCAAGACACUAUUUGCAUUAAGCCUGAAAGACAAGAACCUGCUUUCUAGGUUCAGCCUCAUGGACAUUGUCUGGACUCUGGAGUCUUCAAUGACUAAAGGGCAGCAUCUGUUCCAUGUUUGUACAAUUGAUUUGCUUUGUGAAAGUGUUCUUUCAGGCAGAUUUUAUAUAUGAAAGCAUUUGACAGCAAGAUGCUAGAAGGGACAAGAAAGAAUAUGCAUUUUUCUAAUACUUUGUUAAAAGUUUACAGUAUUGACAUUAAUAUUUGCAUUUUGGUUUAGGACACUAGCUUGGCUUUGGUGAAAAUAAAGCACAAAAGAUAGAAGGGAUAGCCAACCUCUCCAGUGUCUAAUCUGUUUUUUGUUUUUUCUGCCCAAUGCAAUAUUUAACUGAAAAUUAUAAGGAUUUGGAGCAUUACUGCCAAUGUAGACAGAAAUACAGCAUUACAAAACACCUAUUCGCAAUCCUUAUUUCAAACCCAUGGCUUGAGUUUAUGGCUGCUGCUUCACUGUUUGCCCUGAUUAUUGUUAAAAUAUUAUUUUGUCUUUUGUUGCUAUCAUAUGUAUGUAUGUAUAUGCUUUGUGUGCCUCUAAAAGAAAACCACUUAUAUAUGUUGCCUUUUAAGAACAGGCUAAUUGUAUUUUAUUUCCUUUAUUGGAGGCGAUUAUUUAAAUAUGUUAAGUAACAUGUAAUUAAAAUGAACAAAAUAUUAAACCAUUCAAAAUAUAUAGUUUGGUUGUUUUUAUGGUUUGUCUUAUUUAUAUUCUCUGCCUAUU